GCAGUGAACGCGUUUGUCGGUCAGAGAGCGGGUCGAGCUCUGCGCCGUCCUGGACCGCAAUCCAGACCUUCUGCGCCAUUUCUGGUUUCAAUUCUAUCCGCAGGCCGGUAUCCUAGUUACGAUGAGCGGCCCCAAAGAUUUGCACGAGGAAAUCACCGGAGGCGUCACAGACGGCUGGAAAUGCCUACUUGACGACCAUGUGCAGAGCGUUUUUCAAGAAUGUAUAAUUCAGGCAGCACGCAAUGUCGAUCAGCCUAACACAAAGAAGGUGCCGGAUGGCAUCGUCCAGGUGCGGAUCAAGCUGCCCAAGAAGAUUGUACGUGAUCCUUUUAUCGAGAAGAGAAUGAGUGUAGUGGACGCGGUGAUCCACGAGACCGCUACGGCGCAGACGAACAUCAACAUGAUGCACAAGACUUUCAGGGCUAUGAUUCGUCACACCGACGCCGACAGUGAGUCGGAUGAGGAGCCCGGCCCUGUCCCACAGCGGAGGCCGCCAAACUCCGUAGAAGUUCUUCCGAACGUCUUCUCUGUGGUUUCGGUUUGUGAGGGUCCCCACGAUUACCUCGUCCCUGAGCAUUUACGCCAGGAGGGCAUCUACCACCUGCCGAUCGAUGCCGACGCCCCCCAUGCCGAUGGCAUCCUUUGCGGGCCCAUCGCUUAUGGCCCGAGGGUAUACGUCGGCGCGCUACGGGCAUACUGGUACCUGUUGCAAGGCGGUGGCGACGCCCAAGCGGUCUCCGAUGAGCUGGAUAAGAGGGUGCCUCUCGAUGGAUGUGUGAUCGUUGAUGAUCCGGCAGACUGGGCUAAACAAGGGCUUUGCACUGUCAUGAAAACUUCAUACGAAUCGGCCCGCGAUCACCAGGUGUACACCGAGUUCAUGGAACGAUACAAACACUGCGCUAGGCUUAUCCUCAAGGCGAUGCGCAUGUCCGCACUGUUUGCCGAGCUGCACAAGGAAGAAUAUGUUCGCCCCUUCACCGUCGACACCAACAAGUACGACUUGAAUGUCGAGCACAACCCAGUGGAGCUCGUCGUGGAGCGUAUUCUGACCGGGGCCAUGAACCUCGCCAUGUCGCGCUUCGAGUCGGAGGAGACACAGAAGGUCGUCCAGAAGGGCAAAGUCGUCCCUGGGUUUACCCAAGCAAGCGCUCGAUGAGUCGCCCCAAGCAGAGGCCGCACGAGCAUGGUAGGGAAGGUUAACUCUAUCUUGCUCGUGCAGGGAAUACUGCUGGAAGGCGCGCUUCCACCCUCAAUCCGGGAUGUAAAUAGGAGGCGUGGCUAGAUGGGCCAUCCAGCGGUGGGGAGAGCUGUGGCGACGAUACAUGGCCUAAGAUAAUGAAUGUUUGCUCCUGAUAUACAGGCCAUUCGAUUGUCUCUUUGUGUGUGGACGACAUUGGUGGCAUGUGGGCUUCGUUCUUUAGUUCACCGGCAAUAGCUGAUUGAGCAGUGGGUGUGGCGAAGGUGGCUUUUGAAAGACACCACGCCUGCGGGCUGUCGCAUAUUGUGAAGUCGUAGAAAAUUACUACUGAGAUCACAC